UAUAUAGACAUGUGUACGUUUGCCGUAUGCAUACGCUCUAAGCCUUACAGUACCCUGUUCAAGUUGACGCAUCUGCGCCUGCACUGUAACAGCGAAAUUAACGUGAAAUAUCUCUACGUCUGUUACUGUUCACCCGUAGUUUCGUAAAUUCUCUCAGAGGCGGCUUCAAAGAGUGUCGAUGAUCUGCGCGCCUUAUUAUAAUUUGAUGAUCAAGCAGCUAAAUUUCUGUGUUAAUUUGACGGCGCCGUUGUCGCUCGUUCAAAUACGAGCGAGUUACGUCAAAAUUGAGAAGAGUUCGAGUAAUCUUUAGCAAGCGGUUUGCACUUUUCGCUAGAGAAUACAUUGAGUUUCCUUAUUGCUAUUUUUGAAGCGACAUUUUGAAAGGAAGUGGUAAUACUAAACAUGACUAGCAGCAACAAGUUUGAUCUUUCCAUCAUCCACUUUGGUGAUUUUCACGCACGGAUCCCUUUAUUAUGGACUUUUUCAGGAAAUAGUUAUUGCACAUUUCAUGAAUCAACUACCACACGAUGCAAUUACUAUUGGAAACCAUGAAUUUGAUAGCAAAAUAUCAGGACUGGCGUCUUACGUCGAGAAGUUAAACGCUCCGGUUGUUGUUGCCAACAUUGACGUCAGUGAAGAACCAUCGCUGCAGAAUUUAUGGAAAAGGAUAGCAACAAACAAGUUUUAAUCGUCCAUUCUGGUCCUUACAGCAAAUACGUGGGUGAUUUGCAAAUAACUUUUGGUGACAAAGACGAAAUACUAGGUUGGAAAGGAAAUCCGAUUUACUUAGACGAAUCUGUAGAACAAGAUCCAGCGAUAGUCAAGGGAUUGAAACCAUGGAAAGCUAAAGUAGACGAAGUAGGAAAACAAAUAAUAGUACUGCGAUGUUGCAUCCGUGAGCUUUAUGCCGACGCUUUGAAUUGGUCAUAGUAUUACGAUAUAGGAACAAUUUCGUAUGAAGACGCCUUACAUGACUUUACCGCACAACGUUACUUGGGAUUUGAUUGAAAUCAAAGGCAGUGAUAUACUUCAGAUGAAAACAUGCAAAAUAGAAUAAUAUAUAAUUAUUUUCUCAAAAUAUAAAUAAGUAAACGUAAUUAUUUUUAGAUUAUCGAGGAAAACGUGAAUGGUAUGAGAAAAAGUAAUACAGUGUACGUUGGUAACUGCAGACCAUUACACUGGUCCGGAUUACGAGUUGUAUAUACGUCGAGUGUUGAACGAUACAAAGUAGUCAAAGUUGAUGUGAGGAUUGCCGAUUCCAAAAGCGAAAAAUACGCAGCAUUGAAUGAAGAUCAAUGAUACAAAGUUGUCGUUUCAAGUUUUCUGAUGUUUCCUUCUGGUGACCCCAUUGAGAAAAAGUUUAUAAAUCAUGUUAUUGGAAAGACAAUAGAUAUUGACAACUUUGUCAGUUACAUUAAAAAAAUGAAGAUAAUAAAAGAGAAAAGCGAACCGAGAAUUAUCUUUGCCAAAUAAGUAUUCAAACAUUGUUUAUAAAAUUUUGAAUUUACUAUACGAGCGUUACAUAAUCUCGCUUGUAAUCGCUACCAUGUAUAAAUUUAUUCGAAAAGUCUUGUAAUUAUUUGCAAUAAAAAAAUUAUCCUAUACGUUAAGUUAACCAAAUAAAGGUAUGUAAAGAAUAGUAUUGUGACAAACCGUUCGUAUAACAAACAAGAUGUAAUUUUCCCACAUAACUCGUAAAUGAAAGUAAUCACGUGCUAAUGGACACCUGUACACUGAUAAACAGAGCCCAUGUGCGAACUCUCUCGUACUAAUCGUGAAUUUUACUAUUCUGCUUGUAUCAUCAAGUUAGUCGUGAUUGAGCGAACCGUGCUUGAGUUUAAUAAUUAAAAUCAGGUGAACGAGCUCGAAACUAAAGCGGUUAUAGAUUUGUUGCGGUGUAAGCUUUAUCAAGUUUAUGCCAACAUCCGACCGGUGACAAAUGUGCAGUGAGCUUUCUGCCUCGGAAACUAUUUUCUAAAUUGCAUUACGUCAUGAGUAAGCAAAAGACUUUCGAGCUUUCUGUUAUUCAUUUUAGUGAUUUCCAUGCGAGGUUUGUGCCAUUUCUCUCCCACGAUAAGAAGACUAAAGUAGGCGGAAUCGCCAGAGUUUCGACGAUCAUUAAAAAGCUGAAGCAGCAACGUUCCAAUGCAAUACUCCUUAACGCCGGAGAUUUUUUCAAUGGAACUUUAUAUUAUGCUCUUUUUCAAGAAAGUAUUACGGCUCAUUUCAUGAAUUUGCUGCCUCACGAUGCGAUCACCAUCGGCAAUCACGACUUUGCAAGUAAAAUAUCGGGCUUAGAAUCAUUCGUUAAAAAGUUAGAGGCUCCUGUAGUAGUGGCCAAUGUUGACGUUAGCGAAGAGCCUUCCUUACAGAAUUUAUGGACGAGCAGCACUGUCAUCAGGAGAGGAAACAAGGACGUCGGAGUAAUCGGCGUUAUAUUCUCGGACACCGACAAAAUAGCGGUCGGCACGGGCAAAUUGAAAUUUCUGGAGGAAUCGAAAGCCGUGAAUUUAGAAGCCAGAAAGCUGAAGGCCGAAGGAAUCAACAUUAUCAUCGUGCUUAGUCAUUGCGGCAUCGAGCGUGAUGUUGCGUUGGCGAACAAUUGUCCCGACAUCGACAUCAUCGUUGGCGGCCAUUCCCACGUUCUCCUCUACAACGGAGAUCCACCGUCGAGCGAAACUGUUUGGGGCGAGUACCCGACAGUGGUCACUCAAAAAGAAACCAACAAGACGGUCUUGAUCGCACAUGCAAGUGCUUUAACCAAAUACUUGGGUGACCUACAAUUGACUUUCGACGAGAACGAUAAAGUACUGUGUUGGCAAGGAAAUCCGAUUUAUCUGGACGAAUCCAUCGAAGAGGAUCCACUGAUCGUCGAAGAACUGAUACCGUGGAAAAUGAAAGUCGAUCGCAUAGGCAAUCAAGUGAUUGGAGAAACCUUAAUUGAUUUGAAUGGAUCGUAUGGGCUUCCGCCAAAUGAAAGUACAUUGAAUAACGUUGUCACCGAUGCUAUGAUACACACGUUUGUCCAGUAUUUCAGCGACGCAUCGCUUAGUUUGAUGCCAGUAAACGUCAUUCGUCACAACAUCCCAAUCGGACCUAUUUUGUACGAAGAUGCUUUCAUGAUGCUGCCACGCAAUAAUACUUGGGACUUGAUCGAACUCCGAGGAAGUGAUAUAGUUCAAAUUGUCGAAGAGAAUUUAAUAGGCAAAGCAAAAGAAGCAACGUUUGUUAAUUUGAGGCCUUUGCACUGGUCUGGAAUGAGAGUCAUCUAUAAUCGAAAAGAUAAGCAGCACAAAGUAAUCAAAGUAGAAGUUAGGUAUAUUUCUAAUUACAAGGACAAUGAAUUUGAGCUGAUAAACAAAGAUCAAUGGUAUAAAGUUGUCGUUCCUGAUUUUAUGCUGAGUCCGCAUACCGAUCCAAUAUCGAAGAAGUAUAGAAAUAGAAUAGUUAGUAAAUCCAGUGAUCUGGAAAACCUUGUUAAUUACAUCAAAGCGACAAAAGUAAUUAAGUUGAAAAAAGAAGCAAGAGUCACUUUCGUUGACUGAAAUUCUUUAAUUGCUGUUGCAAUCUGAACCUCCCUAGCAACUUUCAAUAUUUCACUAGAGUGAAAAAUAAAUUCUAAUCAACUAGUCAAAAUGUCUACAUCACUAUGAAGCUCAUGCCGCCUCCUAAACGACGCGUCGUUUUUAUGAAUGGAAAUGCUAUAUAAGCUAGUCGCGUGCUUACAUCAGGUUGAGUGAACGAGCGCACGUGUGCAAGUCGUUAGGCGCGCGAGCUGAGCGCUUUGCAUUUUGCUCGUUGCGCGUAAAACAUGUCAAACGACUCAUCUUACUUACUCGCUCUUGGUGCAGUAGUGGCACGUGAGAUAAUAGACAUAUCCAUAAUGCAUAAAAGCGCCUCGUCGCGUGUUGAGGCGAUAAAAAAAAAAAUUUACGACUGCAACUGCUGUGUGAGAGCAUGCAAAUUGAGUGAGCUUUCCUUUCAAGGCACGCGAGCUUUCGUAUUAUAUUACCUGCACUCGUUGAUUCUUUGCGUUUUUUAUUGUCGCUCGGUAAAGAUUUUUUUAAUUGUUAGCACAACCUUUGAUAUGUGAUUUUCUAAGUUUCAAUUUAUUAUUCUAAUCAAGUUUUGUCGGCUUAGUUUGUUAUUGUUGUAGUUUUACAAUUCAAUUUUUUGAGCAGCUGA